UUUUUGUUAGUUAUGAUGUGGUCUUUAUUGCUGUUGUCUUUAGUCGGGUGUGUGGUGGCUGUGCCCCCUGUGAGCCGCUCCAGAGCUGAUAUCGAAUCAUUUAAAGCAUUCCUUGAUAAAUGCAGAACAGAUGAUGGUGUCCGCCUCGAGUCUCGCAUGCUGGCCAAUCCCAAGGCUAAGCCAUGGGAGAACUCGGGCAAGUUCCAGGGUGACAUCCUCCUCAAUGAUGAGCAGGUUGAGAUGAUGCUGCAGCAGUACUCUUCAGGAAGGAACGCUUACAUCUUCCCUAAUACCAAAUGGCCCUCGAAUACAAUUGUUUACGCUUUUAGCAAUGACUUUACAAUUCCUCAAAUGAAUGCCAUCAUUGACGCUAUGAACGAGAUCCAACGGAGGACUUGUAUCAGGUUCCGACAGAGGCAGUGGUGGGACUCUAGUUAUGUCUGGAUAACCGGCAGGCCUGACGGUUGCUACGCCAACGUAGGCUACUGGGCGUCCAUGGGCAUCCAUACCCUGAACCUCGCAGUAGACACACCAGGCCAAGGCUGUUUCUUCCCCACCGUCAUCAUCCACGAAUGGCUCCACGUCGUCGGCUUCUUCCACAUGCAGUCCACUCAUAAUAGAGAUGACUAUGUUCGCAUCGCGUGGCAGAACAUUUGGCCAGGCAUGGAACACAACUUCGACAAACUAGGAACAGACCUAGUCAACAACUUGGGUCUCCCGUACGAAUACUCGAGCAAUAUGCAUUAUGACAGAUACGCGUUCAGUACCAACGGACAGCCUACUAUGCUGCCUAUUUUUAAUGACUGGGGUUUGAUGGGUCAAAUCUGGUACGUGUCUAGCCAUGACUGGCUCCGCGCCAACAGACAUUACAACUGCCCAGGAGCCUGGAGCACGCCAGUGGAGCAGGAGGCUAUACCCCAAGACGUACCUGAACAAUGAAACUAUAUACUCACCUAUUAUAUGGAUACGGAUGUUUUAAAAUAAAAGAAAUAAACUUUUGCCAAUAACAGAAAA